UUUCAGGUUUCCUAGGGUUUUAGGACUCUUCUUAUUUUCCCGUCGGCGGAGUGCUUCCAUUCCAGCGGCACAGGGAACGCCUCGAAGAAGGAAAUUUCGCAUUCUUUCAGCUUAACCGACGCUUCACGCCAUGGCGAUGACCCAGUUCUCGAUGGUGGAGGAGCUGGCUUCUCUUAUAAAGGACAAUUUAUAUAGCAAGCACCUUGUUCUUUCUACUGAAGAAGCAUUAGUUAAUUUUCUUCAAGAUGAUACAAGUCCAGAUGGGGUCUUAGAUCUUCAACCAACAAGUCCAUAUAAUCGCCUGCUUUUGCAUCGUCUUGCAGAUAUUUAUGGCUUUGCUCAUGAAUCUGUUGGUGAAGGAGAGGACCGCCAUUUAGUUUUGGAACGGUGCCCAGAUACAGCAAUUCCAUCAAUUCUUGUUAGCGAUAUCUUGUGGCAGUAUGAUGAAUAUCAGUCUCCCAUAUCAUCACAUCAUAUCUUGAAGAGAAAAGAAACUCCUGCUUCGAAGCAAAUGCAGAUUUCCUCACCUCCAAGACCACUUGAAGAAAGAGAAGCUGCAUAUCAAGCUGCCCGUGAACGGAUCUUUGCUUUGAAUGACUGUGAUGAAAAGGUUGUCCUUGUUCCAAAGUCUAGGAAAGUCCCAGUUGUUGCUCGGCGGAUGAUUGCACAUGCACUUGGUCAGAAGAUUUGUUCUACUCCUUCCAAUCAGAAACCAUCCUCUCAGAAAUUUGAAGAAAAUGAAUCUACUAAAGGACCAACCAAUGAUGAAAGAAAUGAGGAUAAAUUAGAUCCAGCUCUAGAAUACAGUAAAGAAGCAAUGGCUUUUCCUGACAGCAAGUUGUGUAUGUUUGGAAGGAAGAUGUAUGAUAAGCCUGCAAACAAAAGCAGCAAUUACAAUUGUAGCACCUCUAUUGAGAUGAGGGGGCAUAGCAAAGCAGCUGGUAGUGGUUCACCCAACUGCAAUUCAUUAUCAAAUACAAGCAAUGGAAGAGUGGUGGACAUUGGAAAUUUGGAGAAAGAACGGAUAGGUGCUGCUAAGAGAAUUUUUGCUCAUGCAUUAGGGUUACCAUCUUCUAAAGGAAAUAACAGCCUUACAGUGAAAUCAAAAACAAAUGGACAUUUCAGAAGAGGUAUCUAGUCAAUCAUCCCCACUAACACAGCAAACUUUGUUGUUGGUCGGUAACAUCAGACAUGAAAGGGAAGUUCUGUCAGCCUAUUAUACCUGUGCAAAACAUUUUUCUGAAUUCUUAGACGAUGCAGUUUCCAUGUAAGCUGUUGAAGAUCAUGUGGGUUUGGAGAUUUCUCUGGAUACAACAUUUCAGGUAUUUACAUUUUUGGAGCUGGAAAGGUGGAUUGAAAUGAAAAAGAGCUAGCAGACACCACAUGAAACUGAACUAAAUCAUACAAUGCCAUUGGUUCUUGAUUUUUCCAGCAUAAAGAGUGCAUCAUCUAAACUUCAAUGCCAAGUUAUCUCUACUGUUUAUCAAAGCUUGGUUCUAAUUUCUAACUCUGAAUGGGAGCAGAAGAUGCAAAGCAACUCUCGGCAGGAUGAAAAAGGUGUAAAAAUAGAGCGUCAAUUGUGACAUGGCUAUGGUCAUUCUAUUGUAGGAGGUUUCUCAAAUAUAUUCACUUCAGUUUGUAAAACGAGUAUGAUGCUAAAAUUUCAUCAAUAGUUCACCGUAUCGCUUGACAGUUUUCUGGAAAGUGGUCCA